AUGGCUCGCCUCUCUGACUUCAACUCGGGCCAUCUCAUCAUCCUGCUUUCCAUCUCCUUCUUCGUGUUCGGCAGCUAUGCUGUUCUGUUCAGUGCGUUCGUCCCUUCAACCGGCAUUACUGUGCUAGACAUGAUCGCUCGCGAUACCCAUUAUAAAUAUUUCUUCAUCCUGCUGGUCCCUACCACCUCGUAUUUUGUCAUCGCGAACUGGGUCGGCUGGCAGUACUUCAGGAACUCCUAA